AUGGAGAACCUCUUCCUCAAUAACAUCAACGGCGGAAACCUCCGCGCCAACGGGAGGUACCGCCCCUGGAACAACGGUGUCAGCGUCGACCACAUCGACGACAUCAACAACAUCAGCACCAUGAUGCACUGGGUCGUGGAGGUCAUCCCCGCCAGGGAGAUCAUACCUCGCCUUCCACGUCCGUCUCCGCUUCCCGACCUCUUGUUGCGGCCGCGGCUGAUCUUGUACGUGUGGCCGAACAUCCACGGGGGCCUCAUCACCCACGGCACGUUCGUGUUCGGUGUGAGGUCCGUGUUCCGCCUGAGGAGCGAGCUGGCUAGGCGGCUGGGCGACCUCGCAAUCAUGGACCUGGAGGUCGCCGACCUCGUCAUGUGCUUGCCCACGCAUGAUGGCCGGCUUAUUCCACUGGUCGUGGAUCUGCCCCGCAGCGGCGAGACCCUCCACAUCGUGGUCGUCAUCGUCGGGUCACCUGCCUACAUGGCGCUGCAGUACGCGGAUGUCGAUGCAUAG